UUCUUCGGUUAAGUGAGAAAAUGAUCUACAAGUGGAUAUUACUUUUCUAUCAUAUUUCUUGGUGUCUUUGCCUCGAGAAUCGACCAGAUCCACGCAUAGUUGGCGGGUUUCCAGCUGAUAUUGCCAACAUUCCGUAUAUAGUAUCCAUACAAUUAUUCGGCAUCCACCAUUGUGGCGGCUCUAUAAUAAAUAAACAUACCAUUUUAACUGCCGCCCAUUGCUUGAACGGAGUUUCGUAUCGUCUGCUGAAAGUUAAAGUUGGUGGAACAUCAAGAUAUCGCCAAGAUGGAGAGUUAUUCUCAGUGUCCGGUCUGCAGAUACACGAUAAGUUCAAUGCCAAGACGAUGGACUAUGAUAUUGGAAUAAUCCGGCUAGCCAAAAAUCUUACGUUGUCCAAUAAGGUAAGGGCCAUCCCUGUAAACCCAAAAAGAAUAGCUGAUGGUACCUAUGCUACCAUAGCCGGUUGGGGAUUCAAGUCCAUGAAUGGUCCUCCAUCAGAUAGUUUAAGAUAUGCUAGAGUUCCGAUUGUCAACCAGACAGCGUGCAGAAACUUACUGGGAAAAAGUGUAACUGAUCGGAUGCUCUGUGCAGGAUAUCUUCGUGGCGGUACGGAUGCCUGCCAGAUGGACUCUGGAGGACCCUUGUCAGUGAGGGAGGAACUGGUGGGCAUUGUGUCCUGGGGAGUUGGGUGCGCCUUGGCCGAUAAGCCAGGCGUCUAUUCACGCCUUGAUGCAUUGUAUCCCUGGCUAAGCAAGGUCUUAAAUAAACCGAACUGAAACUUUA